AUGUGCUUUUACCUCAUCGCGGAUAUCAUACUCGACGUCCUCUCCCUAAUUGCUCUGAUAUUUAGAAUCUUGCAGAAGCUCCUCAGAUUACCGUUUGCAUUUUGGCGCACCCUAGUCGAGUGGAAUCAGAGUAUCCAAAGAGGGAUUCGACAUCUCUUAAUGCCCAGAAUAAAUGCUAACGGAGAUAUCUUCAAUGCUCCUGUCCCUAACGAUAUACCGGGGACGUUAAGGCGCCGCACAUUACGUAUUGCACCAGUUAAUGGGACUUGGAAUGAGACCACCGGGACCACCCCUUCAUUCGUCGUUACUCACUAUGAUGACGAUAGCAAUAAUGAUGAUUUGCAUGGGACUGAGCGAGGUGUGGAGGGGUCUUUGGCAGCUAGUGUUGAUGAGCUGAUCGCAGCCGAGGGACAGCGAUCAGAGCAAGGGGCACAGGAGCAAGAACCUCACCAGCCUAGGCCACAACAGCUUGGACAGCAACCGUUAGGACAGCAACGGUCAGAGCCCCUCGGGCAUGAACUACAACAGCUAGGACCACAACAACAGUCAUCAGAGCUCUCACCACGUGAACCCAUGCCGCGUGAGAGAGUUCUACCACAGCAGGACUCAGGAGAGCCUAUGGGCAACUUAGAGCGAAUCCUCUGCCUAUACAUUUUGGACCAAAUGGAAUACAGCCGCGUGGAUAUGCGUCUCCCAGGUUACCCGGCUACCCUGAGCCGCUUCCGAGCCAGUUAA